CUGAUUGGAAAGGAGAUUUCCUAGCUUACUUCACUUUAGUAUAAAAUGUGCUGGUGAAUAUACAUAGAAAAUUUGAAAAAAAAACUUAUUCUUUAUGUUUUUUUCUUUGGAUUGAAAAUUGAAGAAAAAAGAGAAGAAAAAAAACCUAGGACAGGACAUAAAUUUGAAUAUCAUCAAGUGAAUUUAUAUUAAUUAAAUACCAAGGCAGGAUUUAAUACAACUUUAUCAUGAUAAAUUUUCAUUACUUCAGUUUCUAAGAUUAAAAUAACAGACAAGUGCAAAAUUGUUAAGUUUUUUUUUCCGUCAAUUUUGAUAAAAAUUAAAUUUUUGACACUGAUAAAAGAAAUUACUUCAACCAAAUAAAAACACCUGAUUUUCAUUUUAUCAGGAAAAGUGUUCCUGACAUUUUAACUUGCAUUUCUGCCAAUCAACGUUGUAGUACAGUAAAGACAAAUAAUAAGAAAAUUAUCUGUGGAACAGUUCCGGUUUAGUAUGAUAGGUUUAGAGAACAGGACAGUCAUGUUGUGAUAACUACAGUAACAGAUGUUGCGAGAGAAGUGAUAAUUUACAAGAUGCAUCAUUGAGAAAAUAAUCAAAUACAUCAAAAGAGUCAUCUGUGUCAUAGCAACAAUAAAUAAAAAAAUUCAAAUCUCUUCAAUGUCAAAACCGAAGUCCGAAGUCUGAAAGUUGCAACUGUAAACAAAAUGCUUCUACGAUACAUUAUGGUAUUCAGCAAGAUGGCGAUCGUGUUAUGUACUGUUGCCGUUAAAGAUCCGCAAGACAAUUGUAUGGUUAGUUUAAUGGUUCCGAAGGAAAGCCUGAAGACUGUUUGUACCGGAGGUAGUGACUAUCAGACUGAUCAGAAACUGAAAUCUGUCGAAAGUCAGCUCAAUUCUAUACGUCACGACAUUGGCAGAAUUAAUGUACGUCUUACAUACACUUUAAAUCAUGGCCGUGACAAUGGCGAAAUUUCCAAACGGUUAGAGAAACUAGAAAACAGUGUGACUAAUAUUCAAACUAAUUUGACGAGAGAAAGAGACACGGAUAGAGUAAAGGAAGUAGUUGUUGAGACUUUCAAUAGAAAAAGAAUCGUGAGACUAAUAAAAUCUACACUGCGGAAGGAGAUGGGAGAAAUGAAAGAAGAAAUAAAACGGGAUAUUCAUUAUGAAUUUCGUCAACAACUAAAACAUGACAUAAGAAAUGAACUCAACUCUUACAUGUCACAAAACAGUAAAUUUUUAGAUGAGUUUAACACAGAAAUAUUACUUAACAGAGCUGGUGGUUAUGACAGUAAGAGAGACUAUGAUCCUAGUUCUAAAGUAGAGAAACAUAACACUAAAGAAAUGGCUAAUAAUAAUAAAAGGCAUGUGAUGGAAAGAUAUGAUACAACGGAUAGUGCAUUCAAUAAUGAACUGCCUGAGAAACCUCAGUCAAAGAUUUUUCAAUCUGACAGUGAGUCUACGAAAGACCUUGAUAUAAAAGAUGCUAUUGUGAUAUUGAAUAGUGAAGUUAAAAAACAUCUUGACAAACAAACCAGUAAGGUUAAGGAGAUAGUGGGCCAACAUUUAAAUCAAACCCAAGUAAAACUUAAUAAAUUGAGUGAAAAUUUUGAUAAAAAGCUGGAUUCCAAGUAUGUAGAUGUGUUUAAAGAUAACAAAGGUUAUCAAGACAUCAGUGGCAGAAUAGAACAAAUGGAGCAUGCUAUAGAAACACUUGGAAAUGGUCUGUCCUCAUUACUGCACGAUAAUAUGCUUUCCGGAGAAAUUAAAAGAACAUUUGAACUCGAAAAAGUUGCCAUGGAAAAUCGACUUUUAUCAAAACUUUCAUCUGAAUCAUAUCCUAUCAAAUUGGAGAUAGAAAACUUAAAGAAUCAAACUAUAUCUGUUUCAAACCUCAUUCAGGCUACUUCAAAGUCCGCCAGACAAACACAAUUCAGUCUUCAGAUUUUCAAUGCAACUGUUAAGCACAAACAUUACAACUUAGAGAGAAGUAUUAAACAAAUGACUGAACAAAUUAAUAAGUUGAAUGAAACAUUGAAUCCAGAUUAUGAGGACACUUUCGAUUUUGGGCAGGCAUUAAAUGAAAUAGAUAUACAAAAUGCCGUAGAUUUUGUACACAAAAUGAAAGACACCUGGCCUAGUGUUCUACAUAAUAUAACCUCUUUAGUUCAAGAUCACAAAAAGGAUUUUGAUUUCAUUCAGGAAGGCUUUGAACAUAUCACUUAUAAAUUUUCAGAUGUUUAUAAGAAUCAGACAGAAUGUUUGAAUAAAAUUGAUAAAGUAAAUCGUGAUAUAAAAGAAAUUCAGGAAAACAUAGUGUAUAAUGAGAGGAUUAAAACAGAAGAUGCACUUGACAAAAACCAAUGGGCACAAUUUAAUUUUAACCAUACAUUCAGCCGGUCUGGAUGCUAUGGUGGCAAAAAAUAUGUAAAGAAAACGGGAUAUGAUGUAGGUAUCUAUGUUGGAGUUGUCCUGUGUUCAGAAAAACGAUAUAAAAUCUAUCUUAGUGACUCACUCAAUGGAACAUUUUUAAAUAUUGGAGAUACAAUUCAAAAUGGUGAAGAUCAUUGUGAAUUUGUGGGAGCUUCCAAAAAUUCGCCUGUGAAACUUGGGAAAGGUGCUACUGAUUUUAGUAGGAUACCAGGUUAUAGACGACGAAAUUGGGGUGAAGUUCCGAUAAGAACGCAGUUAUCAUUCUUCAGUCCUACACCAUUGUGGUACGAAUGUGGAGUAACCAUUCCUUGAUACAUAACCCACCCACUGACAAAUCACAGGAAUACCUCAAAUAUAUAUUCAAUGCAACUGGAGUUAACUCCCUUUUAUUGAAUGAAUAAAGGGAGACAAUUACAGCCAAAUAGACACACUCUUACUGCCUUUUUUUCUUCUUUUCAUAAGAAAUAAAAAACAAAUAUUGACCUGGUUUUUAUAAUCAAUAGUGACACAUUGCCUUAUAGUUAUUAAUCUGGGACUGAGUCUACAUGUGAACUUCGUUUUCUAAUUGUUUGAGUGAACAUGAUCAACCAGACUGAAAAUUACCAGAUUAAUUCUGGUAAUUAAUUACCAAUGAAAUGUUUAAAUCCUUUGAAAUUAUGAUAUGAAUUUCAAAGAAACAUAUGUAAGUAUUUAAAACACUCUUUUUAUGUGACUUUUAGUGGUAAAAUAUGUUCUUUGUUAAUUUUAUUAUUGUGCUGUUAAUGAAUUUCCUAUUUGAAUGCAAAAUAUUUGUAAAUUGUUUAUUUUUGGAAUAAAGUGUAAAGCCAUAUUAUUUUAUAAUCUGAUUAAGUAAAAUGUAUUUGUGAAAGCAAUAGAAAUAGAAAUGUUUAUUUCUUUGUCGUAAUAUUUUAAAAGGUUAUAUGCUAUGGUAUGAAACCAUCAUUGUUAACAAUUAUUUCAUUAUUUCGCCUAAAUGAUUUUAGCCCCCUGGUGGCAACUGUAAAUCACUCUACAUUGUGUACCCAUAUACCACUAGUGCAGACCAAGAUCAUGCUGCACAUCCACGCCCUCUGG